GGAUGUUCCAUGACUUCGCCAACUUCGAUGCUGAUCUUGUUAAGGCUCCCGCCAAUUCUCAUCUCUGGCUGCAUCCCUGUAAAGAAUUCUAGCCGAUGAAUAUUCGUACAGAGAUGAGGCAAUCAGUAUACAUAGAUAGAGAUGGGGCAAUCUUUGGCAGCCCUAAUUCGUGUGGCUGGGACGUAUCGAAAGCCACCUCAAUGGCGAGCAUGUUCCAGGACUGUGAUCAAUUCAGAGUUAAGGGUUUUCGCAUUUCAUCCUACACUAUCAUACUUGACUUGUUUCCCGAUAGGAAAGAAGUGAAGGAUAUUUUGGAGAAUACAAUAGCGCAACCACUAACAGAGGUCGCGGGCUGGAAAGGUGGGACGUGUCAAGUGUGACCGAUAUGGAUUUCAUGUUUUCUGGCAAUUCCGCUCUUGAUGCGUUCUUGGGUCGCUGGGACGUGUCCUCGGUGCGAAGCAUGAGGGGCGUGUUCAGAUAUGCCACUGCGAUGACGGGGGGAGGCAUAAGUGCGUGGAAUGUCGCAAACGUCACAGAUAUGAGGGACAUCUUCUGCGGAGCUUCUUCGUUCAACGAACCAAAUUUAGGGAAAUGGAACGUCGCUGCUGUGGAGAGAGUUCAGGAUGCGUUCUAUGAUGUACCAUUCGCGCAGCCGCUUAAUGACUGGGAUCUAUCGAAAGCAUUUUUCGGAGAUUGGCUAGAUGACGGAAAGAAAGCUACGCCGACCCGCUCUCAUUCAGCAUUUAUCGACGUUUAUUUGGGGCUCGACACUUCCAGACUUCCUCGCUCUCUCUGGCCGCGCGAUCCCACGAAGAAAUCCACAGAAGGUCACAUUGCAGUGCCUCCCGUGUCCCGAGCCUCUGCGUCUAAAUCUCCUCCAUGGACUGUUGAGUCGACGGAAAUGUUAUCAGGACUUGCCGCCCGCGAAGCGCCUCCCUCGUGGCUGGAGACAGCGGCACCGCCUUGCUGCUGCGGUCGCAAGGCCGCUUGAUUGAUGUCCUUAUAUAUAUUUAAGAUGGAGGGGCUGCAGCUUGGGCGUGAUUUUGCUAUGAUAAGUUUGCUCUAACAUGCACACUUAUUUAGAUGUAGGUGUGCUUUUGUGCUCGUUUGUAGUUUUCUUCCCACUUUUUUCAUGCUCCUAAAAACGUUACUCAGGCAGAGGCCUCGACACCCACCAAAACACGAAAAGCGCAUCUCAAAUCGACUCACUGACUUCUAUCACAGCAGAGUUUGCUGCUGACCGUGGCACCUCUAAUAGACUGUCAAAAGCAGAAAACAGAACAAAAAGUCAGAAGCAUAGCCAUAGGGGUCCCGCAAUUUGAUCAUC